UGAUAUUGACGACCAAAUAUUUUUGAAGUUAUUGAAUGCUCUGGAUGAGGGUACCACUGGUGUUGGAAACGGCUUCUUUGAAGAUGUUUUCCCUCCUCUUCGUAAAUAUCCAACAGCAAAAUUUAGAAAGAUUAUGUCAACGAUUGAUCAUUUAAUGGAGUUUAUAAAAGAUGAAUGCAAUAAACAUUUUGAGAAUUUCUCAGAAGAUAAUAUGAACGAUUUUACAGACUUUUUGAUCAAUGCCAGAAAACAGGCUGUUCUGGAAGAUCCUGAUAUAGACUCGAUUAUCACUAACAGUCAUCUUACCCAUGCAAUUAGCGAUAUAUUCAUUGCUGGUGUUGAUACAACCAGACAAACUAUCACCUGGACAAUUCUAUUAUUAGUAACACAUCCAGAAAUACAGAAGAAGGUUCAGGCUGAAUUAGAUCAAGUAUUAGAUGCUGGACAAGCCCCCACUUUACGCGACAGAGAACGUUUGUCCUACACCGAAGCUGUUUUACAUGAGAGUAUGCGACUGUGUCCAGUCGUACCAAUGGGAUUACCACAUACAACCCGCUGUGAUACAACUAUUGGUGAAUACGAGAUACCUAAAGGUACUUUGGUGAUGAUCAACCACUGGGCGCUUCACAAUGAUCCUGGGGUAUGGAAAGAUCCUGAUGUCUUCAGACCAGAAUGAUUACUUGACGAUGAUGGAAAACUUGCGCCCAAAACGAUGUCAUGGCUACCAUUUUCUGCUGGACGUAGAAAUUGUUUGGGUGAAACCAUUGCUAGUCCCGAGAUGCAUCUCAUGUUGGCUCUACUUCUGAGGAAUAUGA